AAUGGAUUCUGUACAUCUUUCCAAUUACGAAUCAAAGAUGAACAAAUCAAUCGAUGGUCUAGAAGGCACUUCUUUAUUGGAUAAGCAUCCUAAUUCCAGGAUAACGAUAAGAAAACCUCAAUACACGCGAGCAGUAUCGAAGACGGGCGAAUGCAACGUGUACCCCACCAAAGUGUCCAAAAGGCACUUCCUCAAAGACAAGUUCACCACGUUAGUGGACCUGAAAUGGCGCUACACGCUGGCCGUCUUCUUCGCCGGCUUCCUCGCCUCCUGGACCAUCUUCGCGAUCCUCUGGUGGCUGAUCGCCUACACCAGAGGCGACUUGGAGGCGGAUCACCUCCCAGACCGGCAGGCGGCGACCGGCUGGAGGCCCUGCGUGACCGACAUCUCCGGCUUCACGUCGUGCUUCCUGUUCUCGGUGGAAACCCAGCAGACGACCGGCUACGGGGAGAAGCGACCGACGGAGAAGUGCCCCGAGGCCGUCGCCUUGAUGUGCGUACAAAACGUGGUGGGUUUGAUGGUGGACGCCUUCGUCGUGGGCGUCUUCUUCGCGAAGCUGAUGCGCCCGAAGCACCGGGCUCGAACCAUCAGGUUCUCGCGCGACGCCGUGGUGGUACUCAGAGGAAACGCCCUGUGCUUGGCGUUCAGAUUGGGCGACAUGCGCACCAGGAGUCGCAUACUGGAAGCCAAAAUCAAAGCGCAGUUGAUCACCCAGGUGGUGCAUAAAGACAAUCGAACUGUUUCGAAUUUUAUGAGUAAAUUGGAGGUGAGUGUGGACGAUUGCGAGACUGAUGCAUUGCUGAUGUGGCCUGUUACUGUCGUGCAUCGGAUUACAGCCGGUUCGCCGCUGUUUGAUUUGGUGGAUUUCGGGGGUAGGAGGAUCGCCGGGGAGGUGGAGAUCGUGGUGAGUUUGGAGGGUACGGUGGAGAGUACUGAUCAGAAGACGCAGGCGAGGUCGAGUUAUUUGGGGGAGGAGGUGCUGUGGGGGAGGAGGUUCGAAUCGGUGAUGUCGUUGGGCGGGGAUAAACCGGGUUAUAAGAUCGAUUAUUCGAGGUUCGAUGAGACUGUUAAGUGCGAUGAGACUUUGGAGUAUUUGGAGAGGAUUGGUAGGGAUAAAUGUAAAGCGUCGAAUUGAUGUGAAAUGUGUUCUAUUAAAGGAAAUUUUAUUGUUUCGAAAAAUUGUGUUUGACUCGAAAGAAACAAAAUAGCGAUUUUUUUGUUAAUAGUUUAUGAAGAUAAACUGCUUCACAACAGUUCGCAAAUUUUGUAAUUAUUUUAAAAGUUACAGACUUUUUGAU